CGGGAAGGAGGCCGUUUGUAGUGCACCAGGCGGAAGUGUGCCAAAGGUGUCGGUGCUGCCGCUUCCGGUCCGGGUACACGCGCCUUAAGUACACUCUGUGGUGUGUGGCGUGCGAAGAUGGGCUUCUGACGGCAAGUCAGCGAGUGAAGAGGUGAGCACCAGAAUCUGGACUCAGAAGUCUAGAGUCUACUGGAAAAACGGGAAUAAAGGCCAGGAACCUGAAUACGACAUAAUAUCUGUUUCCGAGGGGCAACUUCCAUGGGGAACCUUCUGCCCUGGUAACGGCCAAAGAGGAGGAGAUGGCGCCAGUCAGGGAGCGGCCGUGGCCCAGACAGUGAGGAAGCUCGAAGGAGGAGCAACCGGGGAAGCCUCAGAAGAAGAAUCAGAGCCGUCGCUACCGCCACUGCCGCCACCACCAUGGAAGGAGCAAAGCCGACAUUGCAGCUCGUGUACCAGGCAGUGCAGGCGCUUUACCACGACCCAGAUCCCAGCGGAAAGGAGCGCGCCUCGUUUUGGCUUGGGGAGCUGCAGCGUUCGGUUCAUGCAUGGGAGAUCUCAGACCAGUUGUUACAGAUCCGACAGGAUGUGGAAUCAUGCUAUUUUGCUGCACAGACCAUGAAAAUGAAGAUUCAGACCUCAUUUUAUGAGCUCCCCACAGACUCUCAUGCCUCUUUACGGGACUCAUUGCUAACCCAUAUCCAGAACUUGAAAGACUUGUCACCUGUCAUUGUAACGCAGCUGGCUUUAGCAAUAGCAGAUCUUGCCCUACAGAUGCCUUCCUGGAAGGGAUGUGUGCAAACAUUGGUGGAAAAAUACAGCAAUGAUGUGACUUCUUUGCCUUUUUUGCUGGAGAUCCUUACAGUGCUACCUGAAGAAGUACAUAGUCGUUCCUUACGAAUUGGAGCUAACCGGCGCACAGAAAUCAUAGAAGAUUUAGCCUUCUACUCUAGUACAGUAGUAUCUCUAUUGAUGACCUGUGUGGAAAAAGCAGGAACAGAUGAGAAAAUGCUUAUGAAAGUUUUUCGCUGUUUGGGAAGUUGGUUUAACUUGGGAGUUUUGGACAGUAACUUCAUGGCUAACAAUAAAUUACUAGCACUUCUUUUUGAGGUUUUGCAACAGGACAAGACCUCAUCUAACCUACAUGAAGCUGCUUCAGACUGUGUAUGCUCAGCUCUCUAUGCCAUUGAGAAUGUGGAGACUAACUUGCCAUUAGCCAUGCAGCUUUUUCAGGGAGUGCUGACAUUGGAGACUGCCUAUCAUAUGGCUGUGGCACGUGAAGAUUUAGACAAAGUUCUGAAUUACUGCCGUAUUUUCACUGAACUAUGUGAAACUUUUCUUGAAAAAAUUGUUUGUACUCCAGGCCAAGGUCUUGGGGACCUCCGAACUCUGGAGCUGCUUCUUAUCUGUGCAGGACAUCCUCAGUAUGAGGUAGUAGAAAUUUCCUUUAACUUUUGGUACCGACUAGGGGAGCAUUUGUACAAAACUAACGAUGAAGUUAUUCAUGGCAUCUUCAAAGCUUAUAUUCAGAGGCUGCUUCACGCCUUGGCUCGACACUGCCAGCUGGAACCAGACCAUGAGGGGGUUCCUGAGGAGACUGAUGACUUUGGGGAGUUUCGGAUGAGGGUGUCAGACCUGGUAAAGGACUUGAUUUUCUUGAUAGGGUCUAUGGAGUGUUUCACUCAGUUAUAUUCUACUCUGAAAGAAGGCAACCCACCCUGGGAGGUGACAGAAGCGGUUCUCUUUAUCAUGGCUGCUAUAGCAAAGAGUGUUGAUCCGGAGAACAAUCCAACACUUGUGGAAGUCCUAGAAGGAGUUGUCCGCCUUCCAGAGACUGUACAUACAGCUGUGCGAUACACCAGCAUUGAAUUGGUUGGAGAGAUGAGUGAAGUAGUUGAUCGAAAUCCUCAGUUCCUUGACCCUGUGUUGGGCUAUUUGAUGAAAGGCCUGUGUGAAAAGCCCCUGGCUUCUGCUGCAGCAAAAGCCAUUCAUAACAUUUGCUCUGUCUGCCGAGAUCACAUGGCUCAGCACUUUAAUGGACUCCUGGAGAUUGCCCGUUCCCUUGAUUCCUUCCUAUUGUCUCCAGAAGCUGCUGUGGGCUUGCUAAAAGGGACAGCACUUGUUCUAGCCCGAUUACCUUUGGAAAAGAUUACUGAAUGUCUUAGUGAACUAUGUUCUGUUCAGGUUAUGGCAUUGAAAAAGCUAUUGUCUCAAGAGCCCAGCAAUGGCAUAUCCUCAGAUCCCACUGUGUUCUUAGAUCGCCUUGCCGUAAUAUUUAGACAUACCAAUCCCAUUGUGGAAAAUGGACAGACUCAUCCGUGCCAAAAAGUCAUACAGGAAAUAUGGCCAGUUUUAUCCGAGACUCUAAAUAAGCACCGAGCUGAUAAUCGGAUUGUAGAGCGUUGUUGCAGGUGCCUGCGCUUUGCUGUUCGCUGUGUAGGCAAAGGAUCUGCAGCGCUGCUGCAGCCACUAGUCACACAGAUGGUGAAUGUGUACCAUGUACAUCAGCAUUCCUGUUUCCUGUACCUUGGCAGUAUCCUCGUGGAUGAGUAUGGCAUGGAAGAAGGCUGUCGGCAGGGACUACUAGACAUGCUCCAGGCACUGUGCAUCCCCACCUUUCAGCUCCUGGAACAGCAGAAUGGUCUCCAGAAUCACCCUGACACUGUAGAUGACCUGUUCCGGCUAGCCACUAGGUUUAUUCAGCGUAGCCCUGUCACCUUGCUGAGGAGCCAAGUAGUCAUCCCCAUCUUACAGUGGGCCAUUGCCUCUACUACCCUGGACCACCGGGAUGCCAACUGUAGUGUCAUGAGGUUCCUACGAGACCUCAUUCAUACAGGGGUAGCCAAUGAUCAUGAAGAAGACUUUGAAUUACGGAAGGAACUGAUUGGACAGGUGAUGAGCCAGCUUGGACAGCAGCUUGUCAGCCAGCUGCUACAUACCUGCUGCUUUUGUCUCCCCCCCUAUACCCUGCCAGAUGUGGCUGAAGUGCUCUGGGAGAUCAUGCAGGUUGAUAGACCGACUUUUUGUCGAUGGUUAGAAAAUUCCUUAAAAGGUUUGCCAAAGGAGACAACUGUGGGAGCCGUCACAGUGACACACAAACAACUUACAGACUUCCACAAGCAAGUCACUAGUGCUGAGGAAUGUAAGCAAGUUUGCUGGGCCUUGCGAGACUUCACCAGGUUGUUUCGAUAGCUCAUACUCUUCCUGCACUGUGCCUGUCACCCAGGAAUGUCUUUUUAAAUUAGAAGACAGGAAGAAAACAAAAACCAGACUGUGUCCCACAAUCAGAAACCUCCGUUGUGACAGAGGGGCCUUCACCGCCACCAGGGUGUCCCUCCAGACAGGGAGAGACUCCAGCCUUCCGAGGCCAUCCUGAGGAGUUCCUGUUUGGGGGUGUGAGGGAAAAUCAGCACAGUUUUUAAAAAGAUGGCUAUGGCCUGCCCGGUGUGGUGGGAGGGGAGCUGGUUUCCUGGUGAACUUUCUAAAAGGAAAAAUAAUUUUAAGAAAAGAAAAAAAAAAAAGGAAAACUAAAGAGAAACCAGAACUGAAACAUUCACCUGGUAGCAAAUGACACAUGCACACACACACAUACAUGCACAAGUGCCAGUGCGCACGUGCACAAGGAAAAACAAAAGGACAAGCUUUCUGUGAAACAAAAUAUUUACUUAGGGAGAAUGUGGGGAUUCAAAUGAAUUAAUUAGCUGCAAUUGGAAGAAGAGGGUCAGGGUCCUUUGUUCAGGUUUUCUAUGGUUUUGUCCUCUUUUUCCUCUCCUACCCUUCCUUCUCUUUCUCUCUUCUCUCCUUUUAACGCAAGUGAGUAGAAAUUUCUGCCUUCCCCAGGUGUUUCUUCCCACCUUAGAAUUGUUUAGACAAGGGAGAGUAAGCAAGGAGCCUUCUCUGCUUUCUAUCGUGGUCACAUCAGUGAUGCUCAGGACCUGCCAGGGUUAGAAUUUAUGGAUAUCUAAACCCUGACCCCAUUCAUUGUCUCAGUCCAUUUCUAGUCCACAUCAGGUUGUCCACCUUUGAAGAGCCAAAACUGGGGUAGGGUGGGGGACAGGAUAUAAUUGUAUAAAUUUUUGUUUUUUAAAGUUUUUUUCUUAGCAAAUUAUUCACCCACAGACAUGAGAGAAAAAAAAGAGGGAGGGUGUGUGGAGAAAAAAAAUGUUUACAGGGCUAACAAGGGUUGAUGUGUUGUUUAGUAUUUUACUAAAAAGUGUGGAAAUUACUUGAUUUCAAGGGGAGGGUGAGGCCAAAGAGGGAAGCCCAAAACAGAUCUUAAUGUUUCAAAGGAGCGCAGCCCUGCACAGCCAUCAGAUAUGAGGGCACUGUUCUGUCUGGUGUUGUAGCCAUCUCGAGAACAAAUCAACAGCAGCAAAAGAAUAAAUUUUUAAAAUUUAA